AUGAGGUUUCUUCUCUUCGUCAUUUUAGCUGUUGCUUGCAGUGCGCAGGAUAAUGAUAGUGACAGUGGCAGCGAUGAAGAAACUCGUAUUCUGGGAGGUAGCAAUGCGGCAGAUGGCGAAUUCCCUUAUCAGGUAUCGCUGAGAAUAAAAUCCAACAAUAAGCUUUACCAUUUCUGUGGUGGUGUGAUCAUUUCACCGAAAUGGAUCUUAUCUGCUGCCCACUGUACUCUGACUCACAAUUACCCAGCUGACAAAAUCAGAGUCGUAACAGGGACAAACAAAUUAGAUUCUGGCGGCGACACAUACGAAGUUGAGAAAGUUAUCACCCAUGAGAAAUACGACGGUAAGUCGUUCUUGAACGACGUUGAGGUUCUGAAGCUCAAAAAGGAGAUUAAGUUCGGUGACAAGGUAGCAAACAUCUCCUUGGCAUCCUCGAACACACCUGGCGGAGUUGAUUUGAUUGCUUCUGGAUGGGGAUACACCACCAACAACAGAUACGGUCGACAGUCACCGAACGACCUGCAAAAGCUGAUGGUCAAAUCGCUAUCAGUAAAGGAAUGUCAGGAUAGUGCAUUGAAGGUAUACAAGAAGACAAAUCCAAUUGUUGACAGUCAACUGUGCACCUACAAAGCAGAGGGCCAAGGCAUUUGCCAGGGCGAUUCUGGUGGUCCAGUUGUGUACAAGAAAGAAGUGGUUGGCUUAGCUUCCUGGGUCAUAUCUUGUGCCCGUGGUCGACCUGACGUCUUCACGAGGGUUUUCUCCUUCGUGGACUGGAUUAAAAAGAAUACCAGCGAAUGA